AUGGCCGACAUCAAGCCCAACCACACCAUUUACAUCAACAAUCUCAACGAAAAAGUCAAGAAGGAAGAGCUGAAAAAGGCAUUACAUGCUAUUUUCACCCAGUUUGGAGAAAUAAUAAGCAUACUCUGUUUCAAGACACUUCGUAUGCGAGGACAAGCUCAUAUAAUCUUUAAAGAGAUCUCAUCUGCGUCUAACGCCUUGCGUGCUAUGCAGGGAUUCCCUUUCUACGACAAACCAAUGCGGAUCCAGUAUGCUCGUGAGGACUCGGAUGUUAUCGCAAAAGCGAAGGGGACUUAUGUUGAAAGGGCAGCCCGAGCUCCUAUUCGCACUCAAAAGAAAAAGAAGGGUGCAAAAGGAGCUGGUGGUGGAAGAGGACCAGGUGAAGAUGGACCUGCUCCGCCCAACAAGAUUUUAUUCUGCACCAAUCUUCCCGACGAAGCAACGACAGAUAUGCUUACAAUAUUAUUCAAUCAAUUCCCUGGACUGAAGGACAUUCGCUUAGUGCCAAAUCGAUCUGGUAUAGCCUUCGUUGAGUUUGAAUCAGAAGAGUUGGCAGCACCCGCCCGAAUUGCCCUGAAUAACUUUAAAAUUACUCCUGAACAGCAGAUGAAAGUGGAUUAUGCUAAGAAAUGA